GUAGGACAAUCAGAUGGUGACUCUCAUAAGUCAGCUGGGUUUAAUGAACCAGAGAGGUACUUAAAUUGCCGAUACCUAUCUGCGUGCGAGGCUGCUUGGAGAAUCUUGGCUUUUGACAUACACCACAGAUGGCCAGCAAUUAUGAGAUUAAAUUUUCAUCUUCCGGGGUAGAAAUUUGUGACCUUCAAAGACAAGGAUCAAGUAGAGAAAGUAGUUAAAGAGAAUGCUGAGCGUCUUUCAAUGUUCGAGGCUUGGAUGAAGGCCAAUACAGAGUAUAGACAGGGACGUACACUGACUUAUGCUGAAUUUCCAGGACACUUUGUGUAUGACACGCAAGAGCAACGAUGGUUACCGAGACAAUAAAGACCAUCCAUAGGCCGGGCGCAUUAUGUUCCCCCAGGUACUGGUGAGUUGUACUACUUGCGACUGCUCUUGACCGUGCAACGAGGAUGCACCAGUUACCAAAGUUUGAGGAUAGUAAACAAUAUUGUACAUAACUCAUUUGAGUUUGCGUGUGAGGCGCUGGGAUUAUUAAUCGAUGAUAAAGAAUUCAUCGAAGGUAUAAGAGAGGCCGCCAUCUUAGGUUCGGGAAAUCAAUUAAGAAAGUUGUUCGUCACGUUGUUAGUGACAAAUGCCAUGAGUCGACCGUGUGUUGUUUGGCAAGAAACGUGGGAAAUAUUGGCUGAUGGGAUUCUAUUUGAUAGACGGAGAUUCUUACGCAAUCCAGAUCUUGACAUUUCGCCAAAUAAUCUACAAAAUUUAUGCUUGAUUGAGAUUGAAAAGUUGCUGAAUUCAAAUGGACGCUCUUUAAAAGAGUUUGGUGGCAUGCCAUUUCCAGUUGACGACCCGCUGAAUGUGUUUCAAAAUAAUUUCUUGGUUGAAGAGCUGAACUAUGACAAAGAAAAACUUAUUGGAAAAUAUGAAAGAUUAUACCUUUUUUAUGGAUAGAGCUUUAUUAGCACCCACACUUGAAGUUGUUGAAAUGAUCAAUGAUUUUGUUCUGUUUCUAAUUCCUGGAGAUGAAAAGGAGUAUUUGAGCUCUGAUUCUUCGUGUCAAGCAGAUGCAGAUAUAGGCAUAGAUGGUGAUUGGGGCAUGACAGGCAAUUGCCUCGCCAUUGUCGUUGCUAUAAUAGCUAUCUAAACUGAUAUGCAAUCGAACCAUAUACCCCUCUAUCUCAUUAAAAAACAUCUCAAUAUAAUUUUUACGAAGCUCAUGAUAAAUAUUAAAAAGGAAAAAAACGUUAGCAUUAGUUAAGAGGAGAAAAUGUUUCUUAGACAUAAAUUUAGAAAUCUUUU